CGUUGCUAAUGGCAGAAGAUUUGUUUACUUCCGGGCUCGGGGCGGCUUGCGGAUCCAUCUAUCAGCCCGGCACCGCCCCCUCCCCCUCCUGCCCGUCAUGGGGGAGGCCGAGGAGCAGGUACCCGAAAAUGGUAAACUGUACAUGUUUGGAAGCAACAACUGGGGACAACUAGGCCUUGGAACAAAGAAUACUGUCAGCAAGCCAACUUGUGUGAAAGUUCUAAAACCUGAAAAAGUGAAACUAGCUGCUUGUGGGAGAAAUCAUACUUUGAUCUAUACAGAAAAGGGGAACCUGUAUGCCACUGGGGGUAACAGUGAAGGACAACUGGGAUUAGGAGGCACAGAAGAAAGAAGUGCAUUUCAUCUAGUUAGUUAUUUUACCAGUCAGCACAAGAUCAAACAGUUAGCAGCUGGAUCCUACACAUCAGCAGCAUUAACUGAGGAUGGACAACUUUUUAUGUGGGGAGACAACUCUGAAGGCCAAAUAGGCUUGGGAAAUGAAGCUAAUGCAUAUGUUCCUCAUCAAGUAGAUGUUGGGAAACCUGUUUUCUGGAUCUCUUGUGGAUAUUAUCAUUCUGCCUUAAUAACAUGUGAUGGAGAACUUUAUACUUUUGGGGAAUCUGACAAUGGAAAACUAGGUUUGUCACUUGAACAACUGAAAAACAAUAGAGUCCCACAGCUUGUUUCUGGAAUUCCAAGUAGGGUUAAUAAGGUUGCUUGUGGAGGAGGACAUACAGUAGCACUGGCAGGGGGAGAGGUCUAUACCUUUGGCUUAGGCCAAUAUGGGCAACUUGGACUUGGCACAUUUAUCUUUGAAACUUCUGAACCAAAGAUGGUAGAUCAUCUAGGAAAGCAUAAGAUCUGUAACAUUGCAAGUGGAGAAAACCACACAGCUUUAAUAACAGAGAACGGUCUUAUGUAUACUUUUGGCGAUGGACGUCAUGGCAAAUUAGGACUUGGGAAAGAAAAUUACACUAAUCAGUUUGUACCUACAUUAUGUUCCAAUUUUUUGAGGUUUACUGUCCAUUUGGCUGCUUGUGGUGGCUGUCAUAUGCUGGUUUUUGCCACCCCAAGGCCUAAAAAAUAUGAUAACAUUCAUGAGCUAGAAGAAAAUGAGCCCAAUUUAUCUCUUAAAGUCUCUGAAAUGGGAGGAGAUGCAGACACCUUUCAGCAAACAUUUUCAGCACGUGUGCGACGGAGAGAGAAGAAGGAAAAAUCACCAGAACAAUGUAAUCGAUUGGUGCGAACGCUUCCCCCAUUGGGGAAAACUUCCCUAAAACUUGCAUCAAGUGACAUCAGCAGUACUCUUCCACUUGGUAGAACUGAUAGAAAUAAAGAAUCUGAAUCCAUUGUGGAUCAUGAAACAGGAGAUAAGAAAGAGCAGAACAGUGAUACAAACUCAACAGAGAAUGAUUCAGAUGAAAAUGAAGAAAGAACCCUUGGUGAUACUACAGAUGUCUUAAAUAUGACCCAUGUGAUGAAACUAAAUCCCAAUGACCAAUUGAUAGAAUUAGCACCAGUUCAAAAACAAAAGAAGAAAAAUAAGAAUAUGAAACUGACAAUUGAUGGUAAGGGUGGGUUGAAAGACUCUGAUCGUACCCAGUUUCAGGAUUGCUUGUCUGGCAGAUCAUCUUCUCAUUUGGAGUCUUUGGCAUCAAAAAGUUUUGAAAAAAGUUCCUGUACCAAAGAAAAUAGCUAUGAUGCUUUUGUGCAGAAAGUUAAGCCUCAUAAAAAGUAUUCAGGAAAUAUAUCUGAACAGCUUUCUAUUAUUUCAUUAAACUAUGAUAUUCAACAAAGUGUAAAAGAAGAAUUUAAAGUGACAAAAAAGAAAAAUAUUGACAAAAUAAAUUCUGGGCCAACUCAGCAAGAAGUGCUAUGCAGCCAUUCUAGUAAUGAUCAGCUAGAAAAACAAUAUGAAGACCAUCAAAAAAAUAAAGUAGAAGCUAAACCUGAUCAAUAUAUUAUGCAAGAUAACAACAAUAGUGAAAAACAAAAAGAAUAUAAUCACAAAGAAAAAAUUACAGAACAAAUAGCAGUAAGAAUGCCCUCUUCCUUAAGUCAGGAAACGAUGAAUAAGUCAGCAACAUAUGUUUUUGAGAUAAACCAAUUUAAUUUUGAAAAUGUGACAACUACUGAAACAAGGAUAGAAGACAGAAAUAAUAAAUGGGAAAGCAAUCAAUUUGAUUAUAAAGAAAAGAAAAAAUUAAAUGUUAACAAUAUGCAAAAUGAAAAGAAAAAUAUGGAUAAUACAUCGGAGAAGGAUACCCAAGAAGAAAGUCCAAAAAAUGACCAAGCCAAUGAAGAAGAUGAAGUAAGUGUGGAAGAGGCUGAAAGGGGAGAUAGCGUACAAGAAAAAGAAAGUGACAGCGAAGAAAAAUCUGAAGAACAGGAAAUUGAAAAUGAAGCAGUUGAAGGCAUCGUGGAUGCUAUGAUAGACACCAAGUAUGAUGAAAGAGAAAGUGAAAAUCAUGAAUUACAACCUGAAACAGAAAAUGAGCAGAAUCUGAAGGAACAGGAGAACUUUCAGAUAAGACAAAAGAAAGAUGACACAGAUAAUAAACUGCAAGAGAUAGAGGAAACAGACAUAUAUGAGCCAGAAAAGGAAAAAAAUCCUAACAUCAAGAAUGACCAAAUUAAGGACAAAAUGAAAAAAUUGGAGAAGGAAAAGGAUAAUGAAGAAAUGGAAGAUGAGAAAGAAAACAGAAAAGAUGGAGAAGUAGAAAAGGACAAUAAGCAAAAUUAUGAGGAAUGUGAAGAUGGAGAGGAAAGUGGUGAUGCUAUGGUGAUAAAGGAUAACAGCACAGAAGAAGAGAAACCUGAAGAACAGGAUCAGGAAGAGACUGAAAGAGAGGAAGGACAAGAAAAGCAAGAGGGAGAAAUUGAAAGAGAAGUAGAUGAAGAAAGUGUGGGAUGUGAAGAGGAGAAAGAAGAUGAGGAAGAGGGAGACAAUGAAGAAGAACAAAAUGACCCAGAUAUUUACGAAGGGGAAGAAGAACAAAGUGAGAAGAAGGAGCAGGAGGAAGAGAAAGAAGAGGAAGAGGAGGAGGAGAAAGAAGAGGAAAAAGCAACUGAAGAAGAGGAGGAGGAAGAGAAAGAAGAAGAGGAGAAAGAAGAAAAGGAAGAGGACGAGAAUGAGGAGUUGGAGGACGAAGAAGAGGAGGCAAAAGAGGAGUGGGAGGGGAGGAACUUGAGGGGAUGGAGGAGGAAGAAGAGAAAAAGAGGAGGAGGAGGAAGAGGAGGAACAGAAAGUAGAAGAGGAGAAAGAGGAGGAGGAGGAGGAAGAGAAAGAAGAGGAGAAGGAGGGGGAGGAGGGGGAGGAGGAGGAGAAAAAAAUUGUUGAGCGUGAAAAGGAAGAAAAAGUAGGCAAAAGCCCCAGAGGUCAAAAACAUAAAGAAAAUAAUAAAAGGAGAAAUCAAAAUACAAGCAGCAAAAUAAAAAACAUUAAAGAAAAAAGAUCACUGAAACAAGCAGUGAAUGGAUUUCAACACACACAUGAGUUUUGGAACAAUGUUUUACCACAUUACUUGACGCUUAAGUAAUCCUGGAGACUAGAAAUAAUUUUUACAUGAAGGUCUUUUUCAGAAAGCUAUAGUAUAAUGUCUAUAUACAAUACCUGCAUUAAUGAAUGUAUGUGUAGACAUACACACACACAGAGACACACAAUAUAUAUAUAUGAAAUUGAUUAAAAAACCCUCAUCCCUUGAAUCUACUCUUAAACAUCUAGAACGCGAGUUUCUUUCCAUCUACAUAGGAUAAAUCUCACCAAAUCUCCUUGAUCAUUAGAGCCAGAAUUCUUCAUAAAAUAUUAACUUCCCUUUUUUGAAGUAUGAUUCCAUAUCAUAUUAUUAUUUUUAAACCUGACCUGUCAUACAAAUUAACAUGUCUAGCAUAAACUUAUAAAGUACUGCUUCUUAUCUCCAUUUCAUCAUAAAAUAGUAAGAUGAUGUAGUGUAGUAGUAACAAGUCUGUAUUGAACCAGAUCUCUUGGUGCUCUUUCUAAUGUGUCCUCUCUGUAUACUUUCCUGAAGCAUUUGACCAACUGCAUUCAUUGCCAUUAUGCCCUAAUGCAGCCUUCCCAUGUUGGUGCCUCCAACUGUUUUACACUCAGCAGUGUGAGGGACAGGAGUAGCAUAAAUUUUUUUAUUUUAUUUUUUUUACAUUUAUAUCCCGCCCUUCUCCGAAGACUCAGGGCGGCUUACAGUGUAUAAGGCAAUAGUCUCAUUGUAUUUGUAUAUUUACAAAGUCAACUUAUUGCCCCCCCCCCAACAAUCUGGGUCCUCAUUUUACCUACCUUAUAAAGGAUGGAAGGCUGAGUCAACCUUGGGCCGCGCUUAUUUUUUUAUUUUAUUUUAUUUUUCAAAUUUAUAUACCGCCCUAUCUCCCUAAGGACUCAGGGCGGUUCACAGGCAGUUAAAAUACAUAUAAAUACAGAUUAAAAAACAAUUAAAAAACUUAUUCUAUUGCCCCAAAUUUAAAAUAGUAUAAAUAAUAAAAACCCCUUAAAACCCAUAACUUUAAAAUCUAAUCCAGUCCCACGCAGAUAAAUAAGUGUGUUUUAAGCUCGCGACGAAAGGUUCAGAGGUCCGGAAGUUGGCGAAGUCCUGGAGGGAGUUCGUUCCAGAGGGUGGGAGCCCCCACAGAGAAGGCCCUUCCCCUGGGUGUCGCCAGACGGCACUGCCUAGCUGACGGCACCCUGAGGAGUCCCUCUCUGUGAGAGCGCACGGGUCGGUGAGAGGUAUUUGGUAGCAGUAGGCGGUCCCGUAAAUAGCCCGGCCCUAUGCCAUGGAGCGCUUUAAAGAUUGUCACCAGCACCUUGAACCUGCAGUAAUUGCAGGCUGCUGGGUUCUAAUAACAGGCUCCUUACAGCCUGAGCUAUUACGGCCCUUAAAUUUUGCCAGUUAAUCUACAUAAUUCACAUCCAAUACUAAUCCAAUAUACUCUUGAUUUAUGGGAGUUGUUUUAGUAACCUAAUACACUGGAGAGCACCAGGUUGGGGAGGGUAUCCUUUAGAUUUGGGUUACCAUUUAAUAUUAUUUAUACACCUUUGUAUGUUUGCAUUCAAUAAACAUACAGAUUAAUGUUAAAACUUUGUAAAAUAAUACUGUUAAAAACAAUAUAAUCAAUGUAUUUGAUGUGCCUUAUGACAAUUAUGACAUGCUUUAAUAAUUGUUGUUUUUGUAUACAUAAAUGGCUGUAAUAAAUUUCAUUUUGGUUUUACCUGAAAAUUUAUUUUAAAAAGUGUCUGCUAAGGAUUUGACAUUUGUAAUGUGGAAUUUAGAUAUGAGUAUAAAAGAAAAAUAGAAAGUAUAUGAAAAUCUCCAUUCUCAAUUUCCUUCUUGAUGCUCAACCCCUAAUUAUUCCUCAACAGCACAAUUUCAGUUCAUUUUAGGUUUGUGUAACAGCAAAACAAUUAAAUUAGGGGAAAAUAUGGAAUAUACACAUUUUAACAUUGCUUUCACAAUUUCAGACUGAUACAUACAGUAAAAUACUAAGAUUAAUAAAUAUAAAAUACUUAAAACAUAUCUUUCAUCAAAGAUUGCAUUAGUAUCUUAAGACUGUGGCGAAAACCUCUAUGAAAGAAAACAAGUAGUAAUACAAUCAAGAAACGCCAUCAUUCCUCUAGUUGUUCUGUAUUUGUCAGAGUGAGUGAAACAAGAAUAAUCUGGGUAGAAUAUUUUAAGAAUGACAUUGAUAAAGUGGAUAUAUUAUAAACAGGAAAUUAACCAAACUGAUAAGGCUAAAAAGAAACAUUUAGAACAGAUCCGGCCCACAAUGUGGUUAGCUCUGGCCCGUGGGGCUACCCUGGAAACAGCAAAGGACCAUCCUCUGGUGCCUUGGUCCUGGCCCAGGCUGGCCGGGAGCUGAUCUAAAACUUGGUGGUGGCCAUCCAGGCCAGAAUGCAGUCAGCCUUAGAUCUGUGGGGCCACCCUGGAGCCAGCGAGGGGCUGUCCCCACCCCACCCGCAGGUGCAUGCUGGAGAUAAUAGAUCCCCCCCAGCCCCACCCGGGCCGCCACAGGUGCCCCUCAAUGUGAACGACGUCAAACAGGGCACACCCACCCCAGCCUCUCAAGGUCAACCACAACCGUGAUGUGGCCCUCAAUGAAAUCCUUAUCAAUCCAAUGACAUCCCUUAUCUAGAAGGAAUGGUUGGAGAAGUUAGAUAUGUUUAUAUGUUUACCAGAGGCUGUAGGGAGAUGUGACAGCUGAUUUCAUGUAUCUGAAAGUGUCAUGUAGAAAACUUGUCACAUAAUGUUGGAUAAGAAAAAAAUAGAUUUAAAUUAUAAAAAAAGUAAAGUUUGUUUAGAUAUCAAGAAAAACUGCAACAGCAAAUACUGUUUGGCAAAGGAAUGAGAUGGGGAUGGACCUUCUCUUUCAAUCGAAGUAUUUAAACAGAGUCUGGAGAGUCAUCUGUUGGUCAUGAUGCAGUAAUGGAAUUGUGUUCUGGGCAGUGGUUGGAUGAGAUAAUUUCCAUAGUUCUUUCCAAACUUUGUGUUCUAUGAUUCUAAACAAUAAAACUACACUACAGGUAGCCCUCAAUUUACAGCCACUCAUUUAACAAUGAAUUAACAACAGCCUAUGAAAAAGUCUGUUAUGGGCUGAAUUCAAACUUAUGACUGCCACCCUCUUCCUGUGGUCACAUGGUCACAAUUUGGACACUUGGCAGCCAGCUCCCAUUUACAAACAUUUGCAGUACCCCUUGGUCAUGUGUUUAUAAUUUGCCAUUGGUUAAGCUGGAUUCGCACUUAUGACUUGGUUAUGACCACAGUGACUUGACUUAUGACUGUGGUAAAAAUGGUUGGAUAUACUUUGUUAUCUUACUGGGUUCUUUUUACUGUUCAGCACAUGGGAACAACGUUAGAAAUGAUAUGGUAGCUUUGUAGCUGUUUAUCCUACUCACGUGCAAAGAGAUUGAAACCCUACUUUUUACAGAUAUCUUCCAUUGGAUAAUCUGAUACUAGAAAUAAAAUGAUCAGAUGUAACAAAAUACAGUAGGUAGGAGACUAGAUUGUUUUCCCUCCCUUGCAUCAUACUAUGCAGUCAGAAAAGACAAAAUGCACAGGCAGAUUGCACAAGUAAACUUUGGGCCACUGUUGAAAUUGGCACCUUCAUUUUGCAUAUUCUCAAUUUCAAAUUGAGGCUAUGUUUUAAUGAAUGUGUCAGUUUAGCAAUACAAAUGUUAUUUUAUAAAAUACAGCUUUGACAAUUGUUAUGAGUUUAUAUGGCCAAACUGCUAUUAAGAUAAGUCACUUUAUGAUGCAUUACUCCCGUAACUUAUAAAUUGCUGAGUAUUUUUAAGUGACUGGAAGUGGUCCAAACAAAGUAGUAUAUCUGUAUUUCAGUAUUAUGAAUAUUUGAUUAUAAAUUGAAAUUACUAUAAAGAAAACAAGUAUCCCUGUUUUGUUUUUAUUAGUACUCUUAGAAAAUGUUCAGUUUACCAUGUUGUAAUGUAAUAACUAGAAAUGUUUCUAAGAUGUACACCAUUUUAUAUUUAUAAUUUUUCUACCUUUGUGAUAUAGAGCUUUUGCAUAGAUUGUAGCACUGGUGCCUUUUGCAUUAUAGUUGAUAGUGAUGAUGUUAUCCAUUCAGCCGAGUCUGACUCUUGGCGAUUCUAUGCACCAGAUCUUUCCAUACCUUCCAAUCUUGCGCUAUUUCUUUCAGUUUUUCUAUACUCUGGCUGUUGUCAGUUUUGAUGGCAGAAUUAUAGUUAAAUGACUUUUUAUAUUAAGGCACAAUCACAUUUGCUGUAUGAAAUAAGGAAUGUUGGCCACAAUCCUCCAUUUUCUCAAUAUUUUGUAAGAAUUGCUAAUAAUAAAAUAGCAAAGAAAGCUCUGAUCUGCAUUCAAACCAGAGUCUCUUCUGCAUAAAAGAAAUAAUUACAUCUUUAAAUAACUUUUGAGUUUCAGCUCAUGCAUAAGGCAUAGUAUGAGCAAUCAGUAGGCCCCAAAUUUUAUUUUGUUUGUUAGUACAAGAAAUAAAAGUGGAACUUUAUUAAAUUUAAGAUACUAUCAUAUUAAUAUGGCAUAAUAAUUUUGAUUUUAAAUUGGGGUUUUAUUAAUAUUUUUAAAUAUUUUAAAUUUAAUUUUAAUCAUUAGCCGUUUUGUAAUUUUGCUAGGUCUUAAUUUGUUUUUAAUUGUAUAUACUUUGUAUUUUAUCUCUGGCUGUACACCGCCCUGAGUCCUUCGGGAGAAGGGCGGUAUAAAAAUUCAAUAAAUAAAUAAAUAAAUAAAUAAAUAAAUAAAUAAAUAAAUAUUCAUGUCUAAAAUAGAUCAUGGUAUUUAAAUUACCCUUCUGUUUGUUAUAAUUAAUAUAUAAUCUUGACUUUUGUCAUUUGGCAAAAUGGAAAUCAAAUCAAGUAACUUGAGUAAGGUUUCAUAUAAACCAUCUGUUGCAAGGAACAGAAAACUAUCCUGAAUUGAAAAUGUUUGAAUGGGCAGGAGAGAUUUUGAGUUUAUGCUUAAAUUAAAGAAAUAUUCUAGGGAAGAUCAUUACCUGCAUCAUUAAUGGAUCAACUUGAGAUGUUUGCUGUGGGAAAAAUUGAGACCUCUCCAGUUGCUGGCAUGUCAGAAGCUUCAACAGUUAUAUGAUGAGGAAGAUAAAAGUGAUCGUCAUAAUACCGAAGAACAAGUAGAACAAGAACAAAAAGAGAAACAUCAACAAAAACAAUUUAAUACUGCUCAGGUUCCUAAAGAGGGAAAGAGUAAUAAAUAUUUUGAGAAUGGAGAAAAUAAUCAUAUUGCUAGAGAAACCAUUGAGG